UAAUAAACUAAUCGGAUAAUACACAUGAUCUUCCAACAUGUAUUUUCUUCCGUUUGUACGAAGAAUUUAUUGCCCCCAGCAAUCAACCAUCGGCCAUCCGAUGACCAUUUAUGAUAUCGGCAUCCGAUGCUUGCCUUGCGGUCGGUCCCUCUAUAAAUGAGGUCACAUCUCCACGCCACACACAAACACUCAGCCGAGGCUCCGGAGGACUGCACCAUGGAUUGCUGUCCUGAGCUCCGGAAGCAGAGAUCCUGUGCGUGCCCACCUCUCCACAUCGGCAACUGGUGCAACGGCCGCCGCGGAACGGCCGGCUUCGCCCGGGCGAUGGCCGACGACUGCGACGAAGAGUUCGACUCACUCAAUUGCCGGCCGACCCAGUCAAGAUGGCGCGGGCUGUGGCGGAGGAUCGUGAAGGAGAAGAGGCGGAUGCUGAGCUCCGCCAACCCCACGCACCUUCCCUAUGAUCCGUAUACCUAUGCGCAGAAUUUUGAUGAAGGGUCGGCGUCGGUGGAACCGGACAAUCUAUCGCGCUCCUUCUCCGCGAGGUUCGCCGUCCCAUCGACCACGACGAUGCAGAGAGUGGGUUGAUCUCCGCGGUUGUGCUUACGAUGACAAGGGGGAUGCCAUCUGCAGCCGUAGUAUGUCUCGAGUCGAUUGCUCUGCAUAUUUCCUGAGAUCUGUGAAUGAUUAUGGGAGUUGAUGUGUAUCCGAACCCGAUCCGUGUAUGGACGACCGAAACUUUCGAACCUUC